CUGUUAGACUUACAGAGAAGUGCCAAACUCCAACUUGGCACAGGCACCGCAAUAUUAAUUAAGAUGCUCUUAAGAUAUAACGUGUAACGCAGCUUGAAGAUUAUUUGCCUUUUAUUCCUUCAUGACGAGUUGUUCCAAGCGGUUGGUACAUGCAUGCUGGAGAGAGUGAAACUGCUGAUUUUCUUUGGCUUGUGCUGAAGACUGUGAGUCCGCCAACUGGCUGUGGAGCUUUAUAACAGAUGGAAUUAUUUGUUCGGAUACCCGCGGGGACAGGCCAAAUCCAACAUCACCUUGGCACUGUGGUAAACUGCUUGCAAUCACGAUACGACUGUGCUACACCCGAGGCAGCAGUAGGCUGGUAAGAGGAGAGCUGAGCGGCAGAAGGCUGGAGAAGGAAACAAAGGAUACCAGGAGCUUUGAAGCACACACGGCUAGAGGCUGUGUUUGUGUUUUCCCUGCCUUCCAAAGGAAGCCAUGCCAGUGGGGCUAGUGGCUGUUGUUCUGGGUCUGCUCCUGUGCGGUGGGGUGCACGGGCAGUGGGGCUGGUGGCAGAGAAUGUGGGGCACGGCCGAGACCACAGCAGCUCCAGCCCUGCCGACGGCCGUGUUCCCCCGACAAGCCGGCGGCGGCGGCAGCGCAGCCGGGACCACAGCGCGGCCGCAAGGUCCAUCCACCCCGGGCGCCGAACGGGCCAACGGCACCAGGUUAGCGGUGACGGAGGGGGCAGCAGGACCGUGGCGUGGCACUCACCCGGAGCACGAUGCUCACUCAGCCUCGGAAACUAGGAACGCCUCGGAAGGUCGCCCGGGCCAAGGCAAGAAGGUCAGCUGGCUGCCGCCCAGGAACCUGACAGAGAGAAGAUCCAGUGAUCACAUCGACCUGACCGGGUUAAUUGGAGUCCCUCUACCCCCAUCAGUUGCAUUCAUCACUGGAUUUGAAGGCUUUCCAGCAUACAGCUUUGGGCCCGAUGCAAACAUUGGGCGACUUACCAAGACCAUGAUACCUCAAUCUUUCUACAGAGACUUUGCGAUCCUUGUGACUAUCAAGCCAGCCAGUGACGAUGGUGGGGUGCUCUUCGCCAUUACUAAUUCCUACCAGAAUAUCAUUUACUUGGGAGUGAAACUAACUGCGGUUUUGAAUGGCAACCAGCAAAUAGUGCUAUUUUACACAGAAUCAGGUUCUCAGACUUCGCAAGAGGUUGCUUCAUUUAAGGUGUCGUCAAUGACAAACAAGUGGACGCGGUUUUCCUUGUCCAUUGAGGGCGACUUUGUUACAUUGUACAUGGACUGCGAUGAAUAUGAGCAGAGCCGCCUCAGCAGAUCAGCUCGAGCAUUAUUUUUCGAGCCAAGUUCAGGAAUUUUCAUUGGGAAUGCCGGCGGAACAGGACUGACCAAGUUUAUUGGGUCCAUUCAAGAACUGACAAUUAAGUCAGACCCUCGGGCUAGUGAGGAGCAAUGUUAUGAAGCUGAUCCAGAUGGCCCCUCCGGAGAUGGCAGUGGAGAUGGGAGCGGUCAGUACAUCGCUCAAGAGCAAGGAGGCGUUAAACCCCAAAUUCAGCACAUUACUCCACGUCCUUUGGUCGAGAGAAAUCUCAUCAGUGAGCCGGUCCGUGAGCCCCCCACUGAGGCUUCUGUGACGGAGGAGAUGGAGACCGCCUCGGGCCAGCUGGAUUCUGUUCUCCAAGAGACGAGCACCUCAGGCAACUCUGGAGAGAGGCCGCCCGAGGAAGGGCCAGACUUUGCCAUUAAAGAAGAACGAGCUCCCAGCCUGAGCAUCGGAAAUGAUGACCAGAGUCGAGAAGGACCUAAAGAAGAAAUUGGAUCGGGAAGUGAAAUACUUCACAGUGAAACCAGCACAAAGGGUGAGGGUGGACUGCGAUUGCCUGGAGUCAAGGGAGAGAAAGGUGAACGAGGAUCUCCUGGAGCUCCUGGACCUUCAGGCCUGCCCGCAACGGGAGAAGCUAAUCCUGCAGAAUUUGGCCCGCCGGGAGCAGCUGGCCCCCCAGGUCCGCCUGGGAAGGAUGGCAAACCAGGCACCCCUGGAAAAAGUGGACAUCCUGGUAAGCAAGGAUCUCAAGGAUUCAAAGGGACAAGAGGUGACCUGGGGCACAAAGGGGAGAAGGGCGAUCCAGGGCUUGCUGGCUCCGCAGGUCCUCCCGGACUCCCAGGUCCUCCUGGACCACCCGGACCCCAGUCGAGACUGAAUUUAUUCGAUGCUGAAGGCUCUGGACUGGAUGACAGCGACAUUGACCGUGAACACAUUCGAUGUCCCCCAGGGCCACCGGGUCCUCCAGGUUUGCCAGGGCCACCUGGUGUCCCAGCUGUGUUUGAAGCCUCGAACCCAAACCUCGUGGGUGCCCCAGGGCCUCGCGGUCCACCAGGAUACCCCGGACAUGAUGGGGGCUCGGGGGAUCCGGUUUUUGAUGAGAAAGCGAGCGGGUCUGGCGAGGGUCCAAGUGGGCCACCAGGAGAGGAUGGGACUCUUGGUGAACCAGGAACCAAAGGACCAAAGGGUGAUCAAGGUCCAAUUGGUAUGCCUGGCCUGCAGGGAGCAAAGGGAGAGGUUGGAGAGAAUGGCGUACCAGGAGUUCCAGGACACCCAGGGCAACCAGGAAGCCAAGGCCCAUCUGGUCCACCAGGCCCUCCAGGCCCUCCCGGGCAUUUCAGCAAUGAUCUCGGCUCUGGAUUUGAGGAUAUGGAAAGUUCCGGUGCAUUUGGACUACCAGGCAUACCCGGAAAACCAGGAUCUCCUGGAUCUCAGGGGCCCCCAGGUGAAAAGGGCAUACUGGGUUCUCCAGGUGAAAAGGGAUCUUCUGGUUUUCCUGGUCUCCCGGGGCAGAAUGGACGAGCUGGAUUGCCAGGACCUGUGGGACCAAAAGGUGAAAACGGUGAACAAGGACCAAAGGGUGAACGUGGCCAUGAUGGCGUUGGUAAACCAGGACUCCCUGGUCCUCCAGGACCCAUCAUAUCUCUACAAGAGUUGCUGAUGAACGACACUGAAGAGGCUCUAAACCUGAAUGGAAUCAAGUUAUCGAUCGCUCCUCCUGGCCCCAGAGGACCCAAAGGAGACCUUGGCUUUCCUGGAUUUCCUGGGAUGAAGGGUGAGAAGGGUGAGGCUGGAGCUAUUAUCGCCGCAGAUGGAUCAUUGCUGGCCUUAACCUCAAAAGGUCACAAGGGUGAGCCUGGCCUGCAGGGACCCUCUGGACCUCCGGGCCCAGUGGGACAUCCAGGACCGAAGGGAGAACUUGGUUUACCUGGCAGGCAUGGCCGUCCAGGAAUAAAUAGUAGAAAGGGCCAGAAAGGUGAACCUGCAAUAGCUCCUGUGGGCGCCGUUGGGUCACCUGGACCUCCGGGACCACCGGGACCUCCUGGUCCAAUUCCCAACAUAAGAGGAACAGUUUUACCUGUUCCUCCCAGGCCACACUGCAAAAUGCCCAUAAAUGGUCAGCUAGAACAGCAAGACUUUCUGGGGCUGAAGGGGGAGAAAGGUUCUUUUGGAUUACUUGGAACGAAAGGUGGUAAAGGUGAAAAGGGGGAGCAGGGUUCCCCAGGAAUACCAGGUCCCUAUUCACCAUAUCACAGCCAUAAAGGUGAAAAAGGAGACACUGGAGCAUUGGGCGAGAAGGGGGAGAAAGGAGAAUCAGGUGGCAGCUUGUUCCUACCUGGUAUACCUGGGCCACUAGGCCCCAUUGGGCCUCACGGGAGACCAGGGCCUGUGGGACCCAAAGGUGAAUCUGUUAUUGGACCGAUGGGCCCGCCGGGAAUUCCUGGAAUACCAGGUCCUCCAGGAUAUGGAGUUAUGGGUGCACCAGGACGUCCUGGACCCCCUGGAACUCCAGGAUUGCCGGGAAUUUAUGGAGCAGGCAUUGCACUUCCUGGACCCCCAGGACCAGCUGGCCCACCAGGACGAGGAGACAGUGGCAGCUUGGUGGCAUUGUACAGGAACAUGGAUUUUAUGCAUAAAGCAACUUUCUCCGUGUCGGAAGGUACCCUGGGCUAUGUGGCAGAUAGGAGUGACCUAUACAUUCGAGUUUACAAUGGCUGGAGAAAGCUCCAACUUGGUGAUUUGAUUCCUGCUCCAGCUGAUGACCCAUUCCAAUCAUUGAACACUUACUCAGCUCCAAACACAUUCCCAAAGAUAUAUGAUCAGAAGCCUGCUUUGCACCUGGUGGCUUUGAACACGCCCCUGUCUGGUAACAUGCGGGGGAUCCACGGAGCUGAUCUGCAGUGUUUCCAGCAAGCUCAGGCGAUGGGCUCCAUGGCAACUUACCGCGCCUUCCUCUCGUCUCAGCUGCAAGACUUGUACACUGUAGUGAGGAAAGCGGACAGAUUAAAUAUGCCAGUUGUCAACCUAAAGGGGGAAGUGCUUUUUGACAGUUGGGAAUCUAUCUUCAAGAGCCAUGCAACGUUCAACACAGGCAUUCCUAUAUACUCCUUCAAUGGAAGAAAUAUCAUGAAGGAUUCCACCUGGCCUCACAAAAUAAUCUGGCACGGUUCAAGUGAAAGAGGGAGUCGGGUUCCAACUCAUUACUGCGGGGGCUGGAGAAAGACGGACAUGACCAUCAGGGGCAACGCUUCACCUCUUUCCAGCGGAAAACUCCUCAGUCAGCACUCAUACAACUGUGCAAACAACUUUAUUGUUCUUUGCGUUGAGAACAGCUACUUCCAUGAUCACAGAAAGAGAAAAUAACAGCCUGCAUCUUCAAGUGAAAGCUCAGGAUUUCACGUCCGUCGACAGUCUCAUCACCAAAACCAGUUAAGGGUGGCACAUUUUUACUUCUAGAAAUAUAUUAAAGUGGGACACGUUGCUUUCUGAUGAGAAAUGGAAGAAAUGGAAGCCAAAGAUGACAUACCUCAAAAAUCUGCAUGGGCUGUUCUUUCAUUAACAAAGAAAAUCGUAUUGAUCUGAGGAACCGUUCUCACAUAAUUUCUCAUUACACUUGUUGAUACUUUGGUGCUAAUGAAAAGUAAUUGAAAUGGGACCACUGCUAAAAUGCCAUAUUUAUAACCGCUAUUAACUCAACUUGCCCAUAUCACAACCUAACCGAGCUGGUACAAUGGAGAAGUUGCCUCACCCCAGCAAGCCUCUGUGUCUAUUAGGUUAAUAUAACUUUCCAUCCAUUGGAAUACACUGCAGUUACGUUAUGAGAAACCCGUUGAAUCCAGCUUUCAUAAUGGAUAUCUUUUCUCUCCCCAUAACAGAUAUGAACGAAAGUUAGCUUUUGUUUGUGAAAUCUGUGUCAUCAUGUCAAAACAACUUAUUUAACAUAAUGUUCAAUGUAAAACUAUGCAAUGUUAUUAUUACUAAACUUUGCAUCACGGUAUUCAAGUAUCUUAAUGCGCAUAUGCAUUCAUUUUUCACUGCUUUUUCUGCAUUGACUGGGUCCUUUUAGCAUCUUUCUGGACUGUUUCUGUGUGUGGUAUUAUUCGACACUAACGCAUUGUAUUUACUGCUUCUGCCCAUCAGCGGUGUAUGGAGACGGGUACCAGCGAUUAGCCAGAGAUCUCUCUGCCCAGGCCCUUGUUACUGGACAUCAGCUGCCUGGCUGGUGAGAAUCUCCCUCUCUCAGCCCACCCUCUCAAAGCAAACCCUGCUGUGGGCCUUAUGGCUUUUUGUACGAUACAUUCCUCCUGCAAACAAUAGAUUUAAACAUUCUCCCUCUUUCAUUUUUACACAAUGGUAAAAAUGUCGGAGCUGAAGUUUCACAACUAUUCACACUUGCCCUGUACUUUAAAAUGGCGGCUAGUCAGCGUGAUCACUCCCACGGCCGACUUAAUCAACUUACACUGAAGAGUUUAGUUCAUUUACACUGCAACUUGAGUCUAUUCACAGUACAAAGUUAACCCUCACAAAUGCCAAUUUAGUUAAUAAAGACAGUACAGCGCAGAUUUAAUUUGUGUACACUACAGAGUUUGUACAGGUUUUGUCUCAGACAUGGCAGAUUGAGUGCAUUUACUGUCCAGACUGAAUCCACUUACCAAGCAGAUUUAGUCUAUGUACAGCUGAGGUUUGAUACAUUUAUAAUGCAGAGUUAGAUCAUUUACAAUAUACAUUUAGUCCACUCACAGCUAAGUUGCAGUCCUUUGAGAUUGCAGGUAAUGUCCAUAUAGUGCAAUUCAACUACACAUCAGUGAACAAAUGUUUGCAUUGAUCAAACAACUUUCUAAUAUAUGAACCAAAUGUCUAAAUCAGAUUGUAUUGAAAUGAAGGAUAUUUCACAAGCUGAAUAAACGUCAUACAUUUUUUGUAAAAAUCUACCCUGUCUCAUUUUUGAAAUCUAGGUAAUAAAUGAAAGAACACUUGUGAGCAGAGAAGGAAUUUCUGAUAGCGUGGUGUGUAAUUAUCCUAAGCCAGUCCAUUUCUUUAUAAACCAAAGACUACAGCAUGAAUUGGUGCAAAAAACUGCAGAUGCUCUAAACUCAAAACAAAACCAUAUAACUGGUCAGGCAGCAGCUGUGGAGGAAGAGGGACUCAAUGUUUCAAGUCAAAGGUUCUUCAUUAGAAUCCUAGUGAAGGAUGACACAAAAAGUUGGAGUAACUCAGCGGGUCAGGGAGCAUCUCUGGAGAGAAGGAUUGUGUGAUGUUUUGGGUCGAAACCCUUCUUCAGACAGAGUCCGGGGAAAGGGAAACUAGAGAUAUAGACGGUGAUAUAGAACAAAUGAAUUAAAGAUAUGCAACAAAUAAUGAUGAUAAAGAAAGCAGGCCAUUGUUAGCUGUGGGCUAGGUGAAAAUGAGUUACAAACAAUGAGACUCAACAAGACGAUUUGUAAGCUAAUACGACGGGUGGGCGAGGGAUGGAGAGAGGUUAGAGAAAUCAAUGUUCAUACAUCUGGGGUGUAAGCUGCCCAAGCGAAAUAUGAGGUGCUGUUACUCCAGUUUGCAUUUGGCCUCACUCUGACAAUGGAGGAGGCCUAGGACAGAAAGGUCAGUGUGGGAAUGGAAAGGGGAGUUAAAGUGUUUGGCAACCAGUAGAUCAGGUAGGUCCAGGCAGACUGAGCGAAGGUGUUCAGCGAAACGAUCACCCAGUCUAUGUUUGGUCUCGCCGAUUAAUGAAGGAUAUUUGAUCCAAGACGUUGACUGUCCGACUCUCCCCAUGUUU